GCAAGGGUUUUCCUACGUCUCUUGCAACGAACGUUCUGUUCUGCUAUUGUUGUGUUUUUGCUUUUGGAAGAAGAGAGAGAAACAGAAACAGAAACAGAAACAGAAACAGAAACAGAAAGAAAAUGGGAGAUUCCGCUGAGCGUAAAAGUGAGGUUAAGGAGGAAAAAACGAGCGAUUGCAGCAGCAGCAGCAAGGGGAAUAAAUUUUACGAUAUCUAUGGACCAGAUGCCAGAGCGGAAGUUGUUUACAAGACGCCGCCAGAAACGAGCUCAACUUUGAAUCUGCAAGACGUUCAAGGACUUGUAACUUGGGUGCUUUCUGAAGGAUUCAUGCCAUCUUGGGUGUUUAUCAAGAACAAACCUCUGAUUCCAAAAGUGGUUAUGCUUUAUGUACCUGGCCUGGAUGCGGCUUUAUACAUUUCACAGUCUAAGUUGCUUGCUGGCUUUAAAGAGUGCUGUGGGAACCCAAUGCCACUUUUAUCUCUUAGCUGUGUUUCCGAUGGAAUGCAGACAGUAGAUGCACUUCUAACAUGCAAGAUGAAAAGAAAGAGAAAUGAAGUAGAUUCAGUUUCAAGGAAAUCUGUCCUGACUUCUGAACAAGAAAGAAACAAUUCUAGCAUGGGAAAUAUAUCAUCGGCAGGACUCAUGAAAGAUUUACCUUUCCCACUAUCAUAUUAUACACUUACAGCUAAAGAAUUGGAAGACAAUGGAUAUUGCAUCAAUCAACCAGGUUUUGUUUCUACAGUUUCUGCACCUUCAGGUUCUGGUCCCUAUGAUAUACUGGCACUUGACUGUGAAAUGUGUAUCACAAACGAGGGUUUUGAGCUAACAAGAGUAACCCUGGUGGAUAUUGAAGGACAGGUGGUGUUGGAUAAAUUGGUUAAACCCUCAAAUGAUAUUGUUGAUUACAAUACCAGGUUUAGUGGGAUUACAUAUGAGAUGUUGAAUGGGGUAACCACAAGUCUUAAAGACAUUCAGGAAGACUUUCUAAAGCUGGUUUACAAAGAGACCAUCCUGGUUGGGCAUUCCCUGGAGAAUGAUUUGUUAGCUCUAAAGAUCUCUCAUGAAGUGGUGAUUGAUACUGCACUAUUGUACAAACAUCCCCGGGGUGGAAAUUAUAAAACUGCUCUUCGAGUUCUUUCAAAGAGAUUUCUUUCUCAGGAGAUACAGCAAUCAGGGGCUGGGCAUGACAGCAUUGAAGAUGCAAGAGCUACUAUGGAACUGGCACUAUUAAAGAUAAGAAAUGGACCUGAUUUUGGGUCUCCCCCAUCAUUUGUGCGGAGAAAGCUCCUUACAGUUUUGAGUGAGUGUGGUAAAACCUCCUCAUUCAUUGAUGAUAUUUCCAUAGUAAAGCGGUACACAUCUGGUUCAUCCCAUUCAUUUCCUGUGUCUUCCGAUGAGGAAGCACUUUUGAAAGCUAGAAAGGAGGUUAAGAAUGAUGGAGUACACUUUGUCUGGACCCAAUUUUCAGAGUUGAAUUCCUAUUUCAAGAAACAAGCAGAGGAUGAAGGGAAGUUAAAUGGAAAACUUGCAGAGAUGAUAUCAUUACUUACAUGUGAAAAGAAGUCAACCAACACAAAAGGCAUGAAAUGCAGUAUGACACCCCAACUAAAGGAAAUUCUUACUCAGAUGGAUGCUAGGGUUCGUUGCCUCUACUCCACGCUACCGACUAAUACCAUGCUCAUAAUUUGCACUGGACAUGGAGAUACAGCAAUAGUGAAUAGGUAAAAAACUAUAUACAAGAGCAUAAAGGGGGUGCAUUCAUAUAGAAAACUGACACAUAAUCCAUAACACAAGGAGCAUUAAUCAAAUACUGUUUCCUAUGAAGGAUAACAUUGAUAGGUAAUUCCUAUCCAGUAAAUGCCCUCCUUUUAUGCUGCCUCCACACCACCCAAAAAAAUGGUUAGAGUAAUUAGGAUGAGCAUGGUUUUGCUCUCUUUUUAUCAAAGGAAAAAUCCGUUAACCAUGAUCUGGCUCUGUUGGAAUAUGACAAUUAUUGGACUUUGAAGAAUGAUCAUAAACUCCCAAACAUGUUUGAUGAGUAUAUUCUAGUGAGUGGGCAUGCCGAUAGGUUAUUGCUCUACAUAUUUUAUCUCAAACACAUCGUACAAUGUGCAACUUUCUUUGUUUUAAUGACCUGUGAUAGUAUAAACUUGGACAUGGAAUGAGUAUGGUAAUGCACCCACCUCUUGCAUUAAGCUCUGGCUUCCAUAUGAUGGGAAUCAUGGGAUUCCUUUUCUUAAUAUUACAUUUGUAUGUUUACAAUAGUGACUUGAAGUUAUGGGCUCUGGUCUAAUAUCCUUCUCGCAGCCCGCUUUGUAUUGACUUUAAUUUCUCACUUGGAAUGUCUGUUCUAGUACUUUUAUCAUGGAAAACAGAAGCUGUUUCAAGUCUACACUAAUUUGAUUAUUCAUUGGUUUGUUUGAAGUGUAUGUGACACAGCCUGUUUCUAAACACCUAUGGUAUAUACAUAACGAUACAAAUUUUUUCACAACUCGAUAUCUAUGUGAACACCAUAAAUCUGUGUAGGCACAUGAUGAAGCAGUACCUUAUUAGUUGUUCAACCUUUCAUCU